ACCUUGCUGGAUUCCAGAUCAGUUCAGGGAGAACUGGGGUGGAUAGCAAGUCCCCUGGAAGGAGGGUGGUGGGAAAUUUCNNNUAUGGAUGAGAAGAACACUCCGAUCCGCACCUAUCAAGUCUGCAAUGUGAUGGAGCCCAGUCAGAAUAAUUGGUUACGAACUGAUUGGAUUCCCCGUGAGGGGGCUCAAAGGGUAUAUAUUGAAAUCAAGUUCACGCUAAGGGACUGCAACAGCCUGCCAGGUGUCAUGGGGACUUGCAAAGAGACUUUCAACCUUUAUUACUAUGAAUCAAACAAUGAUAAGGAGCGUUUUAUUAGAGAGAGCCAGUUUGCCAAGAUUGACACCAUCGCUGCUGAUGAGAGCUUCACCCAGGUGGACAUUGGUGACAGGAUCAUGAAGCUGAAUACAGAGAUACGGGAUGUGGGACCACUCGGCAAGAAAGGGUUUUACUUGGCUUUUCAAGAUGUCGGCGCCUGCAUUGCUUUGGUGUCUGUUCGUGUCUUCUAUAAGAGGUGCCCGUUGACAGUUCGAAACCUGGCACAGUUUCCAGACACAAUUACUGGGGCUGAUACGUCCUCUCUGGUGGAAGUUCGCGGCUCCUGCGUCAACAACUCUGAAGAGAAGGAUGUGCCAAAAAUGUACUGUGGGGCAGAUGGCGAAUGGCUGGUGCCCAUUGGCAACUGUCUGUGCAAUGCUGGCUAUGAAGAACGUAAUGGUGAAUGCCAAGCUUGCAAAAUCGGAUACUACAAGGCUCUCUCGACAGAUGUUGCUUGUGCCAAAUGCCCGCCUCACAGCUACUCCAUCUGGGAAGGCUCUACCUCCUGCACCUGCGAUCGAGGCUUUUUCCGAGCUGAAAAUGAUGCUGCCUCCAUGCCCUGCACUCGCCCUCCGUCUGCUCCCCAGAACCUGAUUUCCAACGUCAAUGAGACGUCGGUGAACUUGGAGUGGAGCCCGCCUCAGAACAAAGGUGGUCGGGAAGACAUCUCCUACAAUGUGGUAUGCAAGAGGUGCGGUGCCGGCGACCUCAGCCGCUGCCGGUCCUGUGGCAGCGGUGUGCACUUCAGCCCCCAGCAGAACGGCUUGAGAACUACCAAAGUCUCCAUUACUGACCUACUGGCACACACUAACUACACCUUUGAAGUCUGGGCGGUGAAUGGAGUGUCCAAGCAAAAUCCCAGCCAGGACCAAGCUGUGUCUGUCACUGUGACAACUAACCAAGCAG